AUGGAUACCGCUCGUGGUCAGAGAUUCCUCCGUCGAGUAGAGGGCAGACACUUUGAUCAUCACCGUGAUCUCGAGAACGGUCAGCAAGCAGAUAGUCAGGGACUAAGCUUCUUCUUGCCUCAAACUCCUGAGCAGAGAUGGUCAAAAGAUGGGACAACGAUACAGGCACACCCGGUGUCAGGGUCUCCUCUCAGUUCCACUCUCGAUGGAAGUGCAUUCGAUUCUCCUCAUCAAGAGUGCGCUAGCUGGCCUCUGACUGAGAAAUACUAUUCCCUGACUGGAGAGCCCGACACAUCAUGCCCAAGAGGCGCUUUGAUUAAGACAAUUGUCCUUCCAACUGCCAUAGUCAUCUUCCCAAUGACCUUUCUCGUUGCUGGCCUGCUCGGUCUGAUUUUUGGCUAUCGAGUCCAGUCAGAGCUGAGUCUUUUCACGGAUGUCUCCAACUCGGACGUUCUGCGAGAUCAUUCUGUUGUCCUGGUCAAUUACUCCGCAACCCGGAUAGUCUUUGUCGCAUCAUGGGCCUCAACACUGGCUCCUCUACUCGCCGGUUUUGUCAUGACUCUAGACAGCUUCCGUACUGCACUUGUCAUGUUUCGUUCCUCAUCCAACGCUGAUCAAGCCAAUUUGCCGACUCCUUACCAAUACAGCCUUCUCGUCGGCCUGUGCUUGGCUUCGAUAGGAAGACUUAGACGCUAUUUCUCCUACUCAGGAGAAGACGAUGUUCUUGUCCCUCCCAUCCUCCGCCGUGCAGCACGCACAUUAACGCUCACCCUUUUUCUGGCAUGCGUGGUGUUCGCCGCUGACACUGUAGUCCACUACUCCACCUCUACUAUCGCCUUCGACCAGAUCAGUAUCUCCAACAAGCUCAGUUAUGGUCGUGCCCUCUCAGAGGAAUGUUUGACCCUCAGUCGCUUCGAUAACUUGGGUCUUCCAUGCUCCCGCAAUGGUAUCACCGCAGUGGACGAUUAUGACACCUACGUUGCAGGGCAAAAUGAGAUCUUCUUCCUCAAUCAUGACACCAGCAGCACAUCCAAAAUUAUGCUCAUCGACUCAGACUCCAAGAAGGGUCGAAAUUCCUCCACACAAGUCGCCCUCUUAAUUCCUCAGCCUUCCAUUCUCAGUCCAUUCCGAGACUUUCGCGCAGAGACGGCCGGAGUAGUCAUGACCUGUGAGGCAGUUACAAACACGCAGUGCAACUGGACCGAUGGCGUGCUAGGCGACGAAACCUUCUCGCAAUUCAAUUGCAGCGAUAAUUUCUUUGGCAUUCUUGGGAAAAUCGCCAACUUCGACGACUCAGGCCAUGUGAUUGAGGAUCCGAAUGUCCCGAUCUUGGCCACCAAACCCGGCUCGGUAAUUCAAUACGCCUACUUCCAAGACCCCGACCUGAACAUCCCUUACGACUCUGUUGGUGACCUGGGCACGUUCUUGGAAGACUCACAGCUAAUCAACCCAGUAUAUGUGGCAAUCGCAGCGCGUUUCGCCACCAUCUCUCAACGCGCUGGCGUCGACAUGACUUCCGACCCGGGCAUCCAUCACGUCGGCACGACCGCAAAUCUUGACCUUGUCCUCAAUUGCCAAUACACAACAUACGCCGUCGACUACAGCUGGGUGAACUCAACAGCACGGGUCCACAAAAUGGUUGCAUCCCCAAACGGCACCAUAGCCGAAAUAUUCCACGGCUACAACCUCGCGGGGGCAUUCAGCAGCUUCGACAACAACCUCGCAGACUUGGUGCUGCAAGCCGCACUCUCCACCAACUCCAGCGAACUCGCCGACACGCUCGCCAACGGCUACGCCAAGCGUAUCAUGAGCGUGAUCGGGCCCUUCCUGUCCCCACGGGAGAAUCUCGAGGAACAAACCCGCACACCAAUCCUCGUAGCCAAGGUCCCCAAGGCACCGCUCGCCCUCCUCAUCUCCUGCUGUCUCGCCUACGUGAUCUUCGGCAUCACAGCCGCCACCUUCGCAUACCGCUCGCUGCGCACCCUCGACGUCAGAGAUCUCGCCUUUCGAUUCAGCCUGCCCGCUUUAGGUCUGCACGCCUUCCGCGACCCUCUGACCGACGCCGUAGCCAUCGAGGAGUCCGGCAAGGACGGUCACCGCAUCUUCGAGGAGAACAAAAUCAGAGCUGAGCGUGUCAGGGUCGGUGCCCAGGGCACCCCGCAGAUUGGGUUCCAGUUACGGAGCUUCAUAUAG